AUGCCCCUGGGACCGAAACCCAGAGACCCAGGCCGAAUCCUGCCGCGGGACCCAGCCCAGGAAGCCCGGGAAGCCUCUGACGAGGAAGGCGGUGAGCUUGCGCGUCAGGACUGCCCACAGCCAAGGUCAGGUGAAGAGGUGGACUCCUCCUCACGUCCCCCUGUGGCCAAGAGACGGAAAGUGGACACCAAGGGCGAGAGAGGCAGGCAACGGGAAGUGGAUGAAGAGGAGGCCCAGAAGAUGAGAAGCCUUGUGGCUGCUAUGAGCCCGGAGCAGCUGAACCGUUACCAAGUGUUUCGCUGCUCAGCCUUCCCCAAAGCCACCAUCAAACGUCUGAUCCAGGCCGUGGCCGGCACGCCGGUGUCCCAGAACGUGGUCAUUGCCAUGUCUGGAAUGGCCAAAGUCUUCGUUGGGGAGGUUGUGGAAGAGGCCCUAGACAUGUGUGAGAAGUGGGGCGAGAAGCCCCCACUCCAACCCAAACAUCUGAGGGAGGCUGUUCGCAGGCUACGCAAAAAGGGGCAGAUGCCCAGCACCAAGCACAAGAUCCUCUUCUAG